GCGUGCGUCAGAGCUCGUGGCAGCGAGAAUGGCGGCGGGCAGAAAGAGAGCGCCUGCUCCCGUGUGGAGCGCGUGCCGCGCGUCCCUCAGCGCCGCGUGGCGCGACAAGCACCUCGUGCUGUUCAGCGCGGAGCACACGCUCGUGGUGACCGCGCUGCUCUGGACUCUCGAGGUCGCCAUCAACCUGUGGGUCAUUCAUAGAGUCACGUAUACAGAGAUCGACUGGAAGGCCUACAUGGGUGAAGUGGAGGGCGUGAUUAACGGCACCUAUGACUACACCCAGCUGAAGGGAGACACAGGGCCUCUGGUUUACCCAGCAGGCUUUGUGUACAUUUUCACUGUGUUGUAUUAUAUUACGGAUCAUGGGCUGAACAUCAGACUUGGCCAGUACGUGUUCGCUGGUUUCUACCUCAUCACCCUCUUGCUGGUCUUCCGCAUUUAUCACCGCACCCAGAAGGUGCCGCCCUACGUGUUCUUUUUCGUGUGCUGCGCGUCAUAUCGGAUCCACUCCAUUUUUGUGCUCCGUCUCUUCAAUGACCCCGUGGCCAUGAUGCUGCUGUUUGGAGCGGUCAACCUCUUCUUGGACGGGCGCUGGACUCUGGGCUGCGCCCUCUAUAGUCUGGCCGUGUCUGUGAAGAUGAACGUGAUGCUCUUCGCACCGGGCCUCCUCUUCCUCCUGCUCUCAGAGUUCGGACUGAUGAAGACGCUGCCCAAGCUCACACUAUGUGCCCUCAUCCAGGUGGUUCUCGCUCUGCCCUUUCUACUGGUGAACCCCGUGGGCUACGUGAGCCGUGCGUUUGAUCUGGGACGCCAGUUUCUCUUUAAGUGGACGGUCAACUGGCGCUUCCUGCCUGAAGAGGUUUUCCUCAACAGGUACUUCCACCUGUGCCUGCUGAUAGCUCACGUGACCACACUCUCCGUCUUCGCCCUGAAGAGGUGGACGAGGUCUGGGACGAGCGUCUGGGCUCUUCUGAAGGACCCGUCUGACAGGAAGGAGGUGGUUCCCAAGCUUGGAUCAAACCAGACGGUCCUUGUCCUCUUCUCCUCCAACUUCAUUGGGAUGUGUUUCUGCCGCUCUCUCCACUAUCAAUUCUACGUCUGGUAUUUCCACACGCUGCCCUACCUGCUGUGGAGUGGCAACGUGAAGAAGCUGGCUCACCUGCUCCGGGUGUUGAUACUGGGGCUGAUUGAGCUGGCGUGGAACACCUACCCCUCCACCACCUACAGCUCUCUCUCCCUACACAUGUGUCACCUCAUCAUCCUCAUGUGUCUAUGGUUCAGCCCUGGCCCCGCCCCCCUGGCCCAGGACACACACAACAAGGCCAAACGCAGCUGAACCCUCACCUGGACCCUACCAGGCCCCUCCCCCUGCAGGAUGACCAAGUGCCCGCCCACCUGCUUUCGUCCCCGCCCCCAGCCCAACUGGUCCCCUCCUCUGUUGAUGUCUCCUCUGCAGUUGGUAACAGAGGCAUUCUGUCAGAGAGGCGGGCUUUUCCCAGAUAGAGGUGUGGUUUUAGCGAUGUGAUGUCAUGUGGGAGGGGUUUAGAGGGCAAUGUGGGGGAGAAGGGGAAAAACUCAGGAUUUUUAAAGGACAAUGCUCAAUUUGAACUUGGAAACAGAAAAAUGUGAAAGAGUGUAAAUGCUGAGUUUGUGUCUGCAUUGUGUUACAUGUGAGCCAUAGAGAUGUGGGGAUGUGGGGGGCCUUGAAGGCAAUGUAUCUCCACCAGGGGGCUCCAUCCUUCCUCCUGGAAAUGUGCCUUCCUGCAGUCCUGUUCUGACCCAGGUCUAACAGUGUUGGAGAGAAAUCAGGAAGUGACCUCAGUGGAAUGUUACAAGAGUUAUAGACACCGGCCCUGGUCCAACCCAGCACAACACCAAGGAACUGUAAUUAUAUUCUGGGAUGAAGAGCUCUGUAGUCAUGGCAACUCUUAGUGGGCAGAGUGUGUCUGACCUAAAGGUUAAAUGUAAAGGGGGAGAAUGAAAAGUUUGGUUUGGGUUUUUUUCUUUCAGCUCAGCGAUAAUCUCUUUGUAGCACUCCACCAUGCUGUAGUAUGUGUGGCAUUCAUUAAUCAUGAAUUAUUAAUCAUUAAACAUUAAUCAUUAGUCAUUCAUUAAUCACUGUCUGGAUCUGUAAUGGAGGACCUCCCUCCAGCAGAGCAGGGCUGUGAUUGGAUUUUUAUGUGCUUUGUUACAUCCUUCGUCUGGGAUCUUUUCAGUAUCGUUGUUUUUUUGCUUUUUUUUAAUGUGACUAAGCUUUUGCCAAACAAAACUCAUUCAGGAAUUGUGACACAGGUCACAGUUACACGGAUACGUCCAGGACUUUGGUCUUUCUGCAGUUACUGACACAGCUCAGUGUACUGCCACUACCUUCCUGCUUUGUCUUUUUGUUUUCAUUUUGUCUUUUUUUUUGUCUGUCUUUUCUGAAAUUCUUUUCUUGUGGCUUAUGAAAAUCAUAUGCUCUCCAGGGAACAGUAGAAAAAUUUUACAUUUACUGCCGUGUGAAGAGUCCUCUUCACAUGAUCGCAAAAUAGUGUUGAGCUGCUGUUCGUUUUUGCAUGAUUUUACAUAUUUAAUUAAGAAGCAAAGCCAAAGCCAGACUGGUCCAGAGAUUCAUUGGUUUCGCUGGUACAUGUGUCAGGUCUGGAAAAUAAAGUUCAGUCUCAGUGUGAA